AUGGAGGGGCCCGUGUUAACGCUGGGGCUGCUGGCUGCCCUGGUCCUGUGUGGCAGCUGGGGCCUGAACGAGGAGGAGCGGCUGAUCCGGCACCUGUUUGAGGAGAAGCAUUACAACAAAGAGCUGCGGCCCGCGGCGCACAAAGAGGAGACCGUGGGGGUCACCCUGGCCCUCACCCUCUCCAACCUCAUCUCCCUGAAAGAAGUUGAAGAGACCCUCACCACUAACGUGUGGAUUGAGCACGGCUGGACAGACAGCCGGCUGAAGUGGGAGGCCGAAGAUUUUGGGAACAUCAGCGUCCUGCGUCUGCCCUCUGACAUGGUGUGGCUCCCAGAGAUAGUGCUGGAGAACAACAAUGAUGGCUCCUUCCAGAUUUCCUACUCCUGCAACGUGCUCAUCUACCCCUCAGGCUACGUGUACUGGCUGCCGCCUGCCAUCUUCCGCUCCUCCUGCCCCGUCUCCGUCACCUACUUCCCCUUCGACUGGCAGAACUGCUCCCUCAAGUUCAGUUCACUCAAGUACACGGCCAAGGAGAUCACCCUGAGCCUGAAGCAGGAUGAGGAAGACGGCCGCUACUACCCCGUGGAGUGGAUCAUCAUCGACCCCGAGGGCUUCACAGAGAACGGGGAGUGGGAGAUAGUGCACCGGCCGGCCAGGAUCAACGUGGACCCCAGUGCCUCGCCGGGCAGUCCCGGCCGCCAGGACGUCACCUUCUACCUCAUCAUCCGCCGCAAGCCGCUCUUCUACGUCAUCAACAUCCUGGUGCCCUGCGUGCUCAUCUCCUUCAUGAUCAACCUGGUCUUCUACCUGCCGGCGGACUGUGGCGAGAAGACGUCAAUGGCCAUCUCGGUGCUCCUGGCCCAGUCUGUCUUCCUGCUGCUUAUCUCCAAGAGGCUGCCAGCCACGUCCAUGGCCAUCCCCCUCAUCGGCAAGUUCCUGCUCUUUGGCAUGGUGCUGGUGACCAUGGUCGUGGUGAUCUGUGUCAUCGUACUCAACAUCCACUUCCGCACGCCCAGCACCCACAUGCUCUCUGAGGGAGUCAAGAAGCUCUUCCUGGAGACACUGCCUGAGGUCCUGCACAUGUCCCGUCCGGCAGAGGAUGGGCCCAGCCCUGGGACCCUGGUCCGGAGGAGCAGCUCCCUGGGCUACAUCUCCAAGGCAGAGGAGUACUUCUCGCUGAAGUCCCGAAGUGACCUCAUGUUUGAGAAGCAGUCAGAGCGUCAUGGGCUGGCCCGGCGCCUCACCACCGCACGUCGGCCCCCAGUAGGCUCUGAGCAGGCCCAGCAGGAGCUCUUCAGUGAGCUGAAGCCAGCUGUGGAUGGGGCCAACUUCAUCGUCAACCACAUGAAGGACCAGAACAAUUACAAUGAGGAGAAGGACUGCUGGAAUCGGAUAGCCCGCACAGUGGACCGACUCUGCCUGUUUGUGGUGACACCCAUCAUGGUGGUGGGCACAGCCUGGAUCUUCCUGCAGGGCGCCUACAACCAGCCUCCACCUCAGCCCUUCCCUGGGGACCCCUUCUCCUACCGGGAGCAGGAUAAGCGCUUCAUCUAGAGUGGGCGUGCCCUCCCCGGCCUGGCCCAACAGCCAGGGGAGGCAGCUGGCCUGAAAGGGAGGUACAGGGGGUGCGGUGGAUAGCUGUGUGGACAGGGGUGUCUGCGAAACAACCAGCUCUUCCUGGGCAGACCGAUUCCCAGCCCUGAGACUUUGAGCCCAGUUGGUCCUGCCAGGCUGGGGCAGAGACAAGCUGAGGUCAAGGGAGGGAGGGGGAAGCCCUAAUUCUCAACAGUGGUUCCUUUGCAAAUAAAGCCAGGAGCCACCGGAGAAGGGCUGAGAGUGGACAUCGGCUGGGGGUGGGGCAGGACGAUUUGUGGGGCGGCAGAGGGCUGGCUCAGGGACCAGGGAGGAUGCCACUCAGGCUGGCCUCUUGGGACCCCUCUGUGAGAGGUCAGAAAGACAGAGACAUCUUCUUGCCUCCCUCUCCCUCAGGUGGGGGUGGAACAGGUGGGAUCCUGGGCCUUUACUUCCCAGCUCCUCCAGCCGCCUCCUUUGGCCAACUCCUUAGUCUUGGGCCUCUGAGGCCCCACCUGGAGCCGAGGUUGGGGAUGCCUCUCUCUCCAGGCCCACUAGGGAAGGAGUCUUUUGGCAGGUUUGGGAGCAUCCGGAUUGCAGAAUGGCCUUCCCCAGCCCUUUCUGCCUUGGCCACUCUGUCUGGGUCCCCCUGGGAAGCUGAGGAUGGGGGUGGAAGGGUCAGGUUCAGCAUCCACAGAGGCCAGAGGUCAGCCUGUCAACCUCAGGUCACACGCACCAUCCUAAAGCCCCAGAACUCGGCCAUGCCCCCAGGCUUGUCCCCUUGAGCACCUACUCCUCUUCCCCGAAAUAGGGUUACCAGACAAGACUUGGGACAUACUUACACUAAAAAAUGAUUCAUUGUUUACCCGAAUUCAAAUUUAACUGGGAAUCCUGUAUUUUAAUUGGCUAAAUCUGGCAACUCCACCCCAAAGGGAGCCCCCGCCACUGCUAUCCCAAAGGCCAAGGGCUGAGGUUGCAGGAGCCAGAGGAUGUGGUUCUGUGUGGUAGCCCACCUCCAAGGUGGCCCCAGUGAGCCACACCUCCUGGCAUUCAUACCCUCCCACACAGUACCAAGAUUGGUCUGUGUGACCGAUAGAAGGAGGCAGAAGUGACAGUGUGUCACUUCCAAGAUCAGGUCGUAAAAGACAUUGCAGCCACCCUCUUUCUCUCUCUCCUGCUCUCCCUCCCUCGUUCAUUCUUAGUUGGCUCUCUGACUUCGGGGAAGCCAGGGGCAUGAUGCGCAGCCCUGUGGAGAGGUCCAGAUGGCAAGUAACUGAGGCCUCCGGCCAACAGCCCUGUGAGUGACCUUGGAAAUGGAUCCUCCAGCUGAAGUGGCUCCGUCAGCCACAGUGGAGCCUUCAGAUGAGAUCACAGCCCCAUAAAAGGCUCUGAGCCAGAGCCACCCAGCUAAGCUGCUCCUGGAUUCCUGACCCUCAGAAACUGUGUGAGAUAUUAAACAUUUGUCAUGUUAAGA